AUGACCCCAGUUCAAGGUCAGCGACACCCUAUCUCUCUUGAUCAACUGCUUGAAAUUGACACCCGGCUGCCCUUCAGAUCUCCGUUAUUCGAGAGCGACCAUGGACUCGGCCCCUCCGGUCUGGAUCGUAUACGCCAGCACCAACCAUCGAGAGUUCUGACUCUUCCUAAUUUAUCUACCUCGUCACUCUCCCCGAUGCCUUCCCAACGACCCUCGCCGUCUCCGCGCUCGCGCUCGUCGACUCGAGCUCAUACCGGGCGUUCAUCCAUGAACGCAAGUUCCACAGAUCUGGAGGAUUUACACCGAUUUCCCCUGGAGUCACUGCAUUCUUUUUCGUUUGCUCAGCAGUCCGAGGAGCUACUGCACAGCCGUCAAAACAUUCUCAAGAGAUCCAUCGAUUUCAUGCGCGACCGGAUGGGAUGGGCCGCGACAAACGCUGGCAUCGCCAACGCACAAGCUAAUGUCAGCGGGGACCCAGAGAUGCAAGGCAUGAUGGAUCUGCUCGCCCGGGCAAACAUGCUUGAAACCCAGGAUCAUCAAAUCCCAGGACGAGGACCCAUUACAGGACCCGCGGAAAUCAAUGGCGAUAAUGUGUUUGAGAGAGCCUUCUCAGACGGUGAUUCGUUAUCUCCGGUCAGCACCCGGGACGCAGCUCAGGAUUCCAUCACUUCGGGCUCACAUCGAUCUGAUAGCUCCCAUUUGCUAAGCCCUGUGCCCAGCGACCAGAUCUCCAACCAAAGGCGGGACCUACUCUCGACACCAACCUCCAGGCGCGUAAGCUUAAAACCACAACCUUACACCUCUUCGGCAGACCCUUUCGCCUCGCUUAGCUCGUCAACUACUGGAAUGGGACUCCCUAUCCCCGCCCUUCACACCCAUAGCAGCAAAUGGACCCCAGUUUCCCAGGCCGUUUUCAGGACCGAAGCCGAGGCGCCCUGGACUAUUUUGGCUGCCAAUGAUCUCUCUUGUUUGAUUUUUGGUGUACUUCAAUCCGAAGUUCGCCGCCUCAGUAUCCUAGAGGUUGUACAAAAGGAGCAUAGAGAAUGGCUCGAGGCCAAACUUCGGGAUCCAAGUACCGAUGCCGCAGCCCGUAUGCCACUUAAGCCCGAAAGAGCAAACAUAAGUGCCGUCAAUCCCAACUUCCGUGGUCUUGGGAAUGGAGUGACAGCUCAGUUGCUCAGCAAACCCUCUUCGCGCGAAAAGUCUCGGAGAUCACAGACCGAUGAUGGAUACGGCUCGAGUACAAGAGCUCCCCGGAACAACAACCACCCUGGUAACAAAUCCCGGGGGGUCUUACUUUGCGGUGACGUGGUCCCAAUCCAAAAGCGCAACGGGACCCGGGGGUCUGCUAGCGUGUGGGUUAUGGAGAAGCGCGGUGGCCUGAUCUGGGUUCUUGAAGAGAUCACAGAAAAUGUUGCUUCCGUCCAAUGUGACGAUUCAUGGACUGUCAUGGGUGCCAAGGGUGAUCCAGAGAAGAUUUGGGGUUCAUCUGUUGUGCAGAAGGGGCAGCCAAUUUCCGAUCUUCUACCCUGUCUACCACUAGCCUCCCUCGAAACGUCGUUUGCUAAAGGAUUGGAUAAAAUCGUGCAAUUGAAGCACUUUGCCGCCCGCACUGCAGCUGGCGUUUGUAUUCCCGUGGCCAUCGGAAAGGGAGAGGGAGAAAGAACUCUCCAGGUCUCCAGCUUCCCACAUGUCGCUGGUAUGAUGGUGCUGUCGUCCUCGUCAUUGAACGUGAUCAGCUCCAACUCCGUGUUCUCCUCUGUCUUGUUUGGUCAAACCAGACCCGAAGGGCUUCAUAUCACUGAGCUUAUUCCUGAUUUUGAUGAAAUUCUGGACGUUUUGACCGAGGAAGACAACGUACCAUUGGUUGAUGGAAUCGUCAUACCCGAACACAGCUUCCGUCGAGCACGAACCUUGUCCAUCCUUCGUGAUGGAAAGUCGAAUGCAGCUUCCGUCUUCACAGAGCCAAGUGGCCUGCUUGCCAAACAUAGGGACGGUUCAACUAUUGUUGUGGACAUCCAACUGCGUGUGGUGAAAAGCGGGACCUUCUUUUCAAAGGAAAAGGCGGAGAAAUGCAGUGACCGCAGUAGUGAUUCAGAUGACAGUGAUGACACAAUUGCAGUCACAGAGCUGGUCUAUGCUCUAUGGAUUACCUACUCCAGACAACUUCACGCUGCAGGACCUGCUGCAGGACUCUCGCCAUCUUCGAUACCAACCUCCAAGCCCACAUCACCGACCCAUAAUCCGUCUUCGGAUCAGCCAUCGGCCUCAGGCUCCAAUUCCCAAAACAACGAAAACCGCAAGUCUUCUGUGGUCAUUCAAGCUCCGACAUCGACCCUUAGCCAACAGCUCAGCGAAGCGGCCUCAGAGCCGCUCACCGACCGUCCGGUACAGCCUGUUCCUGAAGUGUCAUCCACCAAAGCGAAAAAUGAGCCUGCAGCAAAACGGACUAUCAAUGACUACGUCAUUCUCGAGGAAAUGGGCCAAGGAGCCUAUGGGCAAGUGAAGCUCGCACGCCAGAAGAAGACCCCUACCAAGAAGAUGGUGUUGAAAUUCGUCACCAAGAAACGGAUUUUGGUAGAUACGUGGACCCGGGAUCGACGGCUCGGGACUGUGCCUCUAGAAAUCCAUGUCCUUGACUUCCUGAGAAGGGAUGGACUCAAGCAUCCCAACAUUGUUGAGAUGGAGGGUUUCUUUGAGGACGAUGUUAACUAUUACAUUGAAAUGACCCCUCAUGGACUGCCCGGGAUGGAUCUCUUUGAUUACAUCGAGCUCAAGGCUAACAUGGACGAAUCCGAAUGCCGCAACAUUUUCAAACAAGUCGCGGGCGCCACCAACCACCUCCAUACCAAGGCGUUGGUAGUGCAUCGUGACAUCAAGGAUGAGAACGUGGUUCUUGAUGGAGAGGGGCGGAUAAAAUUGAUCGACUUUGGCAGUGCAGCCUACAUCAAGAAUGGGCCUUUCGACGUCUUUGUCGGCACAAUUGAUUACGCCGCGCCCGAAGUUCUCCAGGGCCGAUCCUACCGUGGUAAAGAGCAGGACAUCUGGGCUCUGGGAAUUCUCCUUUACACGAUUGUCUACAAGGAAAACCCGUUCUACAACGUCGACGAGAUCCUCGACCACCCCCUCCGCAUCCCUUUCCUCCCCUUCUCGGAACAUUGCAUUGAUCUCAUCCGUACUAUGCUCGAUCGCGACGUUGAUAAUCGGCUGACCAUCACCGAGGUGCUUGAACAUCCGUGGAUGGUGGCGACAUGA